AUGAAGCUCGUCAGAUUCCUCAUGAAAUGCACCAACGAGUCCGUCACCGUCGAGCUCAAAACUGGAACCAUCGUCCAAGGCACCAUCGCCUCCGUCUCCCCACAAAUGAACACCUCCCUCCGCACCGCCAAGAUGACGCCGAAAGGCGGCGCGCAAAUCUCCCUCGACCAAGUCAACAUCCGCGGCUCCGAGAUCCGCUACUUCAUCCUCCCGGACUCGCUGCCGCUCGACACGCUGUUGAUUGACGACGCGCCGAAACCGAAGAACAAGGCGCGGAAGGAGCAGGAUCGUGGGGGGAUGCGGGGUGGUCGGGGCGGCGGGCGAGGAGGCCCGCGGGGACGGGGCAGAGGGAGGGGAAGAGGUGGUGGGAGAGGAUUUUAA